AUGUUGUGGGCUCUGGCUCUUGGCCUCCUCUGGGCAUCGACCAUCCUGGCAGCCCCCUUUGAAAACAAACCCAGGCAGAAGGUGCUGCUGAUCUCCUUCGACGGUUUUCGUUGGGACUAUGACCGGUACGUGGACACGCCAAACCUGGACCAAAUGGCCCGGGAUGGAGUCAAAGCCAUGUAUGUCACACCGCCAUACCUGACCAUCACCAGCCCCACGCACUUCACUCUGCUCUCAGGCCGAUACAUCGAGAACCAUGGCGUAAUCCACAACAUGUGGUUCAACACGUCCACCCAGGAGAAGAAACCAUACUACCAGUCCCAGUUCGUCAACGAGUGGUGGGAUAACGGGUCUCUGCCCAUCUGGAUCACAGCACAGAGGCAGGGUCUGAAAGCUGGCUCUCUCCACUUCCCUGGCACCGCCUCCAGUUACCAGGGACAGGUUGCCAUGGUGCGCGAAGUGGAGCCGCUGCUUUACAACUACAAGAAUGAGACGGCCUGGCGCGAGAACACAGACAAGGUGAUGGGCUGGUUCAGAGAUCAGGAUCUGGACUUUGUGUCCAUGUACUUUGGUGAGCCGGACGGAACGGGCCACAGAUACGGGCCUAACAGUCCGCAGAUCCGGGCCAUGGUCCAGCAGGUUGACCGGACAGUGGGCUACAUCCGACAGACGGCCGAACACUAUGGGCUGAAGGACCGGCUCAACAUCAUCAUCACGGCUGACCACGGCAUGAGCAAUGUCUACCGCAACGGCCUGGUGGAGGAGAUUACCCUGUCCAAGAUCCCUGGGUUCUCCUUCAAGGAUGUGUCCUUCCAUCUGGUGGAUUUCGGACCUUCGGGGAUGCUCCUACCCAAACCCGGCCGACUUGACAAGGUCUACAAUGCCCUGAAGGGGGCCCACCCCCACCUCCAUGUCUACAAGAAAGAGGAAAUGCCAGAACGCCUGCACUUCUCCAAAAAUGGCCGCAUCCUUCCCAUCAUCCUCUGGGCUGACCCCGGAUAUGUCAUAAAUGGGUACUUCCCGGUCCAGUUCCACAAGGGCGAGCACGGCUUCGACAACCAGGAGAUGGACAUGAAGCCAUUCUUCAGGGCGGUGGGCCCGGCGUUCCGCCAGAACCUGGAGGUGGGGCCCUUUGAGACCGUGAACAUCUACCCCUUAAUGUGUCACAUCCUGGGGAUCAAGCCGGAGGUCAACGACGGACACCUGAACGCCACACAACACAUGCUGGUGACGAGCAGUGGUACCCAGGAUGUGACUAUAACGUCCAAUGUUGUCAUCGGUUUGGCGGCAGUUGCUGGAUUUCUCGUAGUAGUUUUUAUAGCAAUGACAUCACACUCAAUACUUAAGUACAAACGGAAAAAUAAGAGGUCAGAAAACGAAAAAGAUUCUCCAGAAAAUGAAAAAGACAAAGAGACCUCUUUCUGAUCAUCUGAAAACUGACUGAAAACUUCACACUUCCUCCUGCAAAUGUGUAAAAUAAACCUAAAAUAAACUUGCAGAAUAACU